CUCCUCGAUCGGUGCGUGGCCAUUACCGCGGGCACCUGGUACCAUACCGUACCCCAGCAACCUGUGCCACCCGCACUGGUUCAUGGCAUCAUGCCCCCGUUUGCCGGUAAUUUCACGUUACCGUCUCUAGCCCCCGCGGCGGGAGACCCCGCCGUAUGCGGUAUUUGCUGCUCGGGAGCCCAGUGCUCUCAUCCUUUCCCACUGGUUAGUCGGGGACUUCCGACCGGUAUCGGGAUAGAGUUAGGGCUUGGGGCUCGGGGCUGGCAAGUAGGGCCUCUGCAGAUCACGAAUCAUGAUACAAAUACAAUAGGGUUUGAAUAUCAAGAAACAGCGGGAUCACCGAGAGCUGGAGUUGGAAUCAAAGGUUGCAAUUCAAAUACGCUUCCAAGGAUAUUCCAUGGCCUUGGCAGAAUAUGAUACACGGGAUAUCAUCAACUAGUUAACAAUCACUAUAACGCCAACGCCCUAAACCAAUGCAUGCGUGCGU